AAGGUAUGUUGGCUAGGAUACACAUACGCAGGUGCGCGCGACAAAUGAUCAUUUGACACAUCAUAACGAGACGCGCAUUGACAAAGGCCACACAAACAGUAGCGGCAUUGAAGUGUCAUCAAGGCGAUUUCUAUAAGAUGUGUUGUUGAGUCUCAGUGGGGAAGGUUAUGGAUUGAAUCUGAGUACAUGCCUGGAAGCCAUGGCAUUACUGAAGCACCUAGUGGUCAGCGAGAGUUAUGGCGGGGUCCACUCCACGGAGAGUGAAGGGACUGUGACCCCCAAACCAUCAUCACCGGACAAAGGGGAGAGUUCAUCAGAGGCAGAGGACAACACAAGAGCAGCCAGACACAGGAGGAACAGGAUGGAGGAGAGAACUGACCUUGAGCAUGUUGAUGUAGGGAGCCCAUCUCCUGAUGCCCAUGGGUUGGGGCAGAGGAGAAAGGGACAGGGGCUGUACAGAGCGAUGGAACUGCCUGAUGUCACAGGUGCAGGGGAGACUGGAUCCCUGAGACACAGAGAGGAUUGCCACGACAGUGGGAGCAGCAAUGCUGGGGAUAACCACAAGGGCAGAAGAAUAAGAAGGCCGAGGAAACAAAAGGAAUAUGUUGAUCCCCUAGAGCAAAAGUAUUUGGAACUGAAUGAACUAUUAAUGAAAGACUUUGUUGAGAAAAGGCUAUCAGAACACCCUAAUGCAUACAGGAAGUUGAGUCAUUUGUAUAAACCAUGUGUGCCUCAGACACACAAGCGACCCCCACAAAUUCCUUACUCUCAGCGAAUUAUGAGUGAGCACAUACUACACAAUCAGCUCAAGGGAGACAGAAUAAGGAGGAAAGGCGAUGCCUCAAGUGACACGUCUUCUAAUGAUGUUGAGAAGAAAAUAAUCAACCUAAGCAGUCUGAAUGUGAGCAGGGAUUCAGAAGGAUUCACUGACUCAAAGCCAGGAGUGUUGAGACGUAGACGACCUCUAAGUGCUACGUUGGAGAGAAAGUCAAGGCCAGAGCCUCAAGCAAGAGGUGUUGGUAAUGCAGGGCGAAGGAGCAGAAGUGUUGGUAAUGCUGGGCGCAGAAGGCAGGUAUCCCCUAAUAAAUCGAACCGGAGCGAGUCACUGAGCUGUGGAAGAACAGCAACAGACUCAUCUACCUGCACAAGUCCACGCAGAGUCACAGUGCCUGUUGACUGCCAUCUGAAAAAUACUCAAAAUGAAGAAAUGAGACGGUGGUUAGAAAACAAGAACAAGUUGCUAAGACAGGAGAGACAGCAGAGAAGAGCCAAGAAACACCAGGAGCGGAUAGAACAAAUGGAAAAAGUCACUGCCAUGUACGAACGCUCGGUGCUUUGCAAGAAGGAAAUCCAAGAAUGGCGGCGACGAAAACAAAAAGAAGCCUGGCAGAAAAACCAAGAGGAAAAAGUGGUGAAAGAAAUAAAGAAUCGUGAAGCAGCCCAGGAGAAGGAAUCAUUGAAAGCUAACAUAAAACCGUUGAAAAGUUGCUUGAAAUCUGGAAGUUCCCUGGAAAACCUUCCGUCUUUCCGUAAUGUAAAGGCUUCGACUGAUACAAACAAUCCCGAUAAUGAUGGUCAGCAUAACGACAAGUUUCAGCUAGAGGAAGAAGAGCAAGCCAGAAAAGCUGCUGAGCUGCGAGAGAAAGGCCCCAAUGCACCUAACAGGGCGUUCAUGUACAAAAGGCCUGUGACUGGUAAGAUUCGAUUUAAGAUGCCAAAGGCACCCAAGAGCGAAUCGUCAGCUCGUAGAACAAGCAACAUGACAGAAGAUGAAAGAAGAGAAAAAGCUAGAAUGUCGUACGACCAGUGGUUGGUUGGCAAAAGGAAGGAUGAAAUUAAGCGAAAGAAAAUGGAGGAUAAGAAGGAAAAUGUUCUGAGAGAGUCGGAUCCAAUGGUGCAUGUUCUCUCUGAGGCUGGAAAAAGACGGGUCAGUGCAGUGUUUCAGAAAAAGAAGUGUAUAGACACAGAGAUGAAUGAAGCUGGAACUGCUUCUAACAAUGCAGGUAGGCCAGCUUCUGUUAGUUCAACGUGCAAAUCCAGACCAAAGCCUUCAAGCAAAUCACCUCGCCGAGUGCACAGACGCCUGGAGAAUGUGAUGGAGAAUGAUAGCAAGUUAAACCCUUUUGUGCUGCCCUUUCCGCCUGAGCAAGGCGUUCCUCGACACGUUGCCGCAAAGCAGAGAGAGAUAUUUGCAGAGAAAGUCUGGAAGACGAAACAGGAAGACUCCACACCGGCGGGAGAGAUAAUCAAGAAAGAGGGACAAGAAAAUGGAGAAAACGUGAAUUCAAGGACAGGGCGUGGAAAUCAAGACACCGGUACCGAUUCCACGGAAGUCCCUGAGCAAUUUAGCGAUGGCGGGGAUAGUGAUGAAGGGAACCUCAGCCCUAGAUACGGCUUCAACAGGCGGUCUUCCCCUCUUACUACGUCCUCCAGUGACCAGGAGGCUACGGCAGCCGACGGAGGCGAUUCUUCAAAGACAUCGAGCGGGAAAACCAAGGCACAGAACGAUGAUACUGAUAUACUAAACACAGAUGGCGUCUUCCUAACAAGCCUUCAAACAUAUUAAAUAUAUUUUUGUGAAUCUUAAUUAUUUGCAUUUGCCUGGUGUCCAGAGAUCGUACCAUAUUUAAUUAAUGUAUUCAAGACAUGUUAUGAAGAGUAUAAAUUAUACCUGGAGACUCCUGUGGGUUUAUAUUUGACGAUCUUGUGCAAGCCCAACAGAAAACGGACUAUGUAAAACAUUUGUUAAAAUGAUGCAAGCAUAACUAGUGGUGCUACCUGGAUUUUAUGUAAUCUUAUGGCUGGAACUAUAUGUGCCUUCGUUCUGUGUAUUUUGGAAUCUUGAUUACAGCUUAGUAUUACUGUGCGUCUUGUAACUUUGCUGGAGUUGCACAUGGAUCCAAUUGACGUAUAUGUUUUAUAGCGUGAACACACUGUAGAUUUAGAUCGGCUAUAUUUUAAACUAGGGAUAACUGUAACUCUUAAUUAAAAUUUCCGUAAAACACUAAAGAGAAUGACAAAUAUUUGUACCUGGCAUACCCGACUUUAUUAUAACAAGAUAGAUAUGUCGCGGCAUAAUUUCAUAAAUGUAGGUGUAGGGUAAACAUUGGUCAGUGUUAUAUGGUAAACGCGCAUUGGCGUUGCGUAGCGUUGCUGUGUAUGUGUUGAAACUUAGCGACUGCUGUUACAUAUUUUUACCAACAAGCUAUGUUGUAAUUCUCCAUAAAACAUUAAAAAUUGCCCCAAUUCAU